UCCUUUUAUGAAAUUUUAUAUUAAAAAAGAAAUAUUCAAUCUUCUCCUCUCUUUAUUUAUUUAUUUAUUUAUUUUAUUAUUAUUUCUGCCAUUUUGGGAAUGGAAGAUCAAGUUGUUCAUGCGAAUCUGGAAAUUUAGUUUUGAUAAAAUGGUGAUAUAAUGGUGGACUGAAAAUGGGAUCUGUUUGUGAGGAGUUGGGUUUCAUUUGUUGGACUUUCAUGCUCUGUGAUUUUAUGGGAUCUUCUUUUUCUUAAUUGCUUCCUCUGAAAUUUGAUGUUUUGGCGUGCAUUGGCUAAAUGCGGAAGUUGUUGGAUGGGGUGGGGGACGGGAUUUACAACAGUUUUUUGUCAAAAAAUGAGAACUUGAUUAAUAAGGGAUGAUGGAAGUGUGAGAGGAGUGAGAUUGGGUUAAGUGAAAGUCAGAAGGUGAACUCCUGUGAGGGCACUUUAAAGAGGGGCUGCCACCCAAUCAUAUCAAGAUUUAGCUUGAAAGAUGCAAACGAUUUGUUGAUUAUUUAUGCACUUGACAGAAGGGAGAAAAAAAAAUAUGCAUCCUUCAGAUUGUAUUGGAAAGGAACAACAGAUGGAACCCUCUACUAUGCAGCCAGCUGUGUCAUUAGCCUCUAGUGACCAGAAUGAUGAAGUUGAUAAAAAGGUAGCCCCUACUGUUCUGCAAGAAUUGUUGCUAGCCUCUAAUGAGCAGAGUCAUAAAGUUGAACAGGUCAAGGGUGACGACAACAGUGUGCGGGCAGAUGAAGGAAGAUUGCUGAAUGGCUGUACUUUAGAAACAUUUUCAAAAGGAAUUAAACCAGAAAUCGAACCCUCUACAACACAGCAUGAAUUGUUCUUGGCCUGUGAUAACCAGAAUGAUAAAGUUGAGCAGUUUGGGAAUGGGGUUGACACAUCAAUGACAGAUGGUUGCACUCCUGAAAGCAAGACAGAAAUGGAGCACCAGGUAGAGUUCUCUACAGUGCAACAGGAAGUAUUAUUGCAGACUGAUGACCAGGAUGAUAAAGAUGACCUGGUCGGUAUUGCUGACGAUACUGUGAUAACAGAUGAAGGAUGCUGGCCAAAUGAUCAUACUCCUGAAAGCAGGACAGAAGGAAAAGAUAACCAACCCCCAGCCAGUAGUGAUCGCCUUAGAACUAUAUGGACACCAGCAAUGAACCUCUAUUUUAUUGACAUCAUGCUAGAACAAGUGCGUAAUGGUUAUAAGAUUCGCAAUACGUUUCACAGAAAAGCAUGGGAUGAUAUGGUUGCUUCAUUCAAUAGAAAAUUUGUUGGGUUGCAAGUGGAUAAGGAGAUUCUACGAAAUCGAUCAAAAAAGUUGAGGCUACAACAUAAUGCUCUGAAAACUCUUCUCGACCAGAAUGGGUUCCACUGGGAUGAGACACGGAAAAUGGUCACUGCGGAUGAUCGUUUCUGGAAUGAGUAUCUCAAGGCACACCCUGAAGUACAACCAUACAGGAGAAAAUCAUUCCCGAACUACAGUGAUUUGUGUGCAAUCUUUGGAAGCGAAACUAAUGAUGGAAGAUACGAGGUUUCAGGGCAGGAUGUGAAGACCAUUUACAACACCCCUGUUAUGAAGACAGGUGUGGCAAUCAAAAGUCUGCAUUUGGUGCCUAUCUCAUCUGGCCAUAAAGAUCAAUGUGUGGUGAGUUGCAUUGUUGCUAGGUCAUCCCAAUUUGUUGAUGGAAUGGAUACUCAAUUCCCCACUAGUAGUGAACGUUCAAGGACUAAUUGGACACCAACAAUGGACCGUUAUUUUAUUGACAUAAUGAUUGAGCAAGUGCAUAAAGGCUACAAGAAUGGUAAUAUAUUUCGCAAAAAAGCAUGGGAAGACAUGGUUGCAUUGUUCAAUACAAAAUUUGGCUUCCAGUUGGACAAGGAGGUAUUGAGGAAUCGCCACAAAAAGUUGAGGCUGCGAUACAAUGCUAUCAAAACCCUUCUUGACCAUGAUCAGUUCCUCUGGGACGAAACAAGACAAAUGGUGACAGCCGAAGAUAAAGUUUGGGAUGAUUAUCUGAAGAUUCAUCCUGAAGCACGAUCAUACAGAACGAAGACUGUCCUAAACUAUAAAGACCUCUGCAUCAUCUAUGGAAAUGAAACCGCUAAUGGAACAGUCAACCGCUUAGUGCAUGAUGCGAACCUCGACAGCAGUACAGCAGUGAAGGUUGCUGGGGAACUGGGAGGUUUACAAUCUCUAGCUGUGUCUGCUUCCCAUGGAGAUCCAGGUGUGGUAAGGUCUUCUCAGUUUGAAGGAAUAGAUGACCAAGAUCCUCCUACUAAUGAUCAUAUGAAGACUAAUUGGACACCACCAAUGGACCGUUAUUUCAUUGAAUUGAUGAUGGAUCAAGUUAACAGAGGGUAUAAGGUUGGCAAUGCAUUUAGGAAAGAAGCAUGGGUUCAAAUGCUUGCAUUGUUCAAUGUAAAGUUUGGAAUGGAAUUGGAUAAGGAGGCUCUUAGAAACCGGUACCGGAAAUUGCGGAUGCAAUACAAUGCUCUGAAAACUCUUUUGGACCACAGUGGCUUUCGCUGGGAUGAAACACGACAAAUGGUGACAGCUGAUGAUAAUGUUUGGGAUAAUUAUCUAAAGGCACGCCCUGAAGCACGAUCAUAUAGAACUAAAACAGUACCGAACUAUAAUGAUUUGUGCGUGAUAUAUGGACAUCCAACUACUGAUGGAAGACACAGAUGUUCUGGACAUGAGGUAGAUCUCAAAUACAUGCCAGGAAUGGAGAUUGAAGUGUGGGAAGAACCAAUUUCUCCAACAUCUGUGGGCCAUGGAGAUCCACUUAUUGACACACAGGAAUCAUCAUCACAAUCUGAUGAGGCUGUCGAUAUCUCUAAUCAACAGAACAAACGCCCAUUUGCUCUGCCAUCAACCUUAGGACAUUCUAGGAAAAUGCAGAGAUGCAGUGACCAGAGGAUGGUGGAUGCUCUUCGUGAAAUGGCAAUUGCUGUUACUUCACUGGCAAAUAAGAAAGAGAACGAUUCCCCCAAUACUAUACAAAAUGUGGUUAAUGCUCUUAAGGCUAUACCAGAUAUAGAUGAAGAUCUGUUUCUUGAUGCUUGCGAUCUUUUGGAAAAUGAACAAAAAGCAAAGAUGUUUCUUGCUUUGGAUGUGACAAUCAGGAAGAAGUGGUUGAUGAGGAAGCUUCGACCAUAGUUGUUGCCUUGGGAUUGCUUUAGUUGUUUGAUAUUUUUAACCAUGGGUACCUAUACUUUUUCCCAAUGGUGUAAUGGCUCUGAUUUUUUUUUUUUUAAUACAUGCACUGCUUAACCUGGAAACAUUUAUUAAUGAUCUAUUAUAAUUCAUUGAGCCUGUUAUUGAUUACAGGAAA